AUGGGAAAUGCGAACGGAAAAGAAGACGACGCCGUCUCUGCUGUUGUCGACGCAGAUGCUGCCACGUCAUCUUCGGCGAGAUCUAACGGCGGCGAUGCUUCCGUCAGCAGUCGUCAACGUCGUCCUUCUACAGACUCUAUGAGCAGUUCUCCUCCCGGAAGCCCCGCUCGAUCUCCUUCUCCUUUCUUAUUCUCUCCUCAGGUUCCAGUGGCUCCGUUGCAGAGGGCAAACGCACCUCCUUCGCCUAAUAGGAUCCAGUGGAGCCAAUCUCAAAGAGUUUUUGAUCAUCUCGAAGAGCCAGGAAUCCCUAUUAUCAUUACAUGGAACCAGGGAGGUAAUGAUGUGGCUGUGGAAGGAUCAUGGGACAAUUGGAGAUCAAGGAAGAAGCUGCAUAAAGCUGGAAAGGACCACUCAAUUCUCUUAGUCCUUCCAUCUGGCAUAUACCACUAUAAGGUGAUCGUCGAUGGUGAAUGCAAACACAUCCCAGAUUUACCCUUUGUAUCAGACGAAAUGGGCAAUGUGUGUAACAUUCUCGAUGUUCAUAAUUUUGUGCCGGAAAACCCAGAAAGCAUAGUGGAGUUCCAGGCGCCACCGUCACCUGAUCAUAGCUACGGUCAAGCUCUUCCAACGGCAGAGGAUUACACAAAAGAUCCACUAGCGGUGCCACCUCAGCUGCAUCUAACACUUCUUGGCAAAAGUGAAGAAACCGCCGUAGUAGCCAAAAAGCCUCAGCAUGUGGUGCUAAACCAUGUGUUCAUAGAGCAAGGAUGGACUCCACAAUCCAUUGUAGCUUUGGGAUUAACACACAGGUUCGAGUCUAAGUACAUAACUGUUGUCCUCUACAAACCGCUCACACGGUAA